CAAAUUGAAUGUCGACUCAGCAACUGAUCAUACUACGUUAGUUCUACUUUAACCGGCAAAGCGACAUAACGUCAAAAUCGGUUUGAUAAAACAUACUGAGGAUUUUUUCAAUAUGGUAUGGAAAUCAUUUAUCAUAUUGGUGGCAGCUGUCUGUUUUCGACCAAGUGAAUGUUGCACUUGUAGGCCUGGCGGUGAUCUUGCAGAUUACUACUGUAGCGAAGACACUGAAUUGAUUCUGCGUGGAGUUGCUGUCAACAAGACAUUAAUAUCGGGUAGCGAGACUGACUUCCCAUGGGAUGGCAUAAUGUCGUACGCAUUUGAAAUAACGGAUAUUAUCAAAGCUACAGGAAACUCUAGCAGAUUAAUUGAAGGAAAGAGUGUUGUUAACAUAAAGGCGUCAACGAAUGAAGCGAUGUGUGGCACGACUCUAUAUCUGGGCGAGGACUAUGUUAUAGUAUUCACCGGUGGUUCCUUCUGGAUUCAUUUGUGCACUUGGAAACAAGCUUACCAGCAAAUGUCUCCGUUCGAUCGAGAUGUAUUUGAAGACGAUGACUUUAACUGCAUCAAGAGAAACUGCAUCCCUCUCGGAGAUGAUGCUCUGAUCUGCUGCCGUCUUGACCAACGAGGAGGAUAUGAAUGCACUGACUACGAAGGUUGUGUAACAGAUCCAGUUAAAGAGAAUAGCCGUUGCUGUACCGCUUCACAAAUGGUUCCCAGGGAAUGCAUUGAUUAUCCAGGUCUGUUAUGGAAAAAGUAAUGACGUUUUAUUGACAGAAAUGGAUACCGGGCACGUGUUUUCUAUUGCUUAAUAAAGCAUAUUGUAGCCAUAUUAUAUACACCUCAGAAUAAAUACAGUUUAUAAAAAUGCA